AUGGAUCAUAGGUUGGUCAUUUUUGCUGUUUCGGUUAUAUUUGGCUUUCUGGUCUGCGGUGAAGCUCCUUUUGCAAAAAUGACGAAUGCAGUGUGCAAGUCCUAUAACCAAUCGUGGGUGGUGAUUAAUUACUGCCGCCUGAAGGCCUAUUCCCGAAACAAGACCAGCUUGAACAUCAAUGCCACCUUCAUAGAGCCAGCCAGGAACAUACACCUCCACUUGAAGAUGAUGAAGAAGGCCAAUGGGUAUAAGCCCUUCUUGUUUGAUUACACAUUCGACGCCUGCAAGUUCAUGCGAAAGCGGAAUCAUCCGUUCGGCAAAAUCAUUUGGAACCUAAUAAGGAACGUGUCCACGGUCAACCACACCUGUCCCUAUGAGGGCGUGCAACUACUAAGCGACUUCCAUCGCAUUGAUAUUCCUCUUCCAUUUCCGUCUGGGGAGUACUUACUCUUAAUGGACUGGAUAUUCGAUUUGAAGCCGCAGUUCGCCACGAAUGUAUAUUUCACCUUUGUCGAGGAUAAUCCUUAG